AUGCGUUUCACCAUUGCUACCGUUGCCUUCUUCGCCGGCCUGGCUGCCGCUAUGCCCAACGGCGCUGACACCACCGUCUACGAGACUGACGAGGUUACCAUCAUCUCCUGCGCUCCUACCGUCACCAACUGCCCCGCCAACUCUGGUGUCGCUACCUCCGUCCCCGCUGCUGUGACCACUGCCACUGUUCCCAACGGUGUUGGCGCUAACUCCUCCCCCGCUCCCUCCAGCGGUGGUGCUGCUCCCUCCGGCCCGGCUGCCUCUGCUCCCGCUCCCUCGGUUGCUCCCACCUGGACCACCUCCGUCCCCGCUGUUGCCCCCAGCGCUCCCGCUGGUAACGGUGGCUCCCCCGCCGGCGGUGCUUCCCAGUCUUACACCGUGAUCGCUCACACCACCUGCGUGCCUACUGUCAUCUACUCCACCGUCCCCGUCCCCGUCGGUACCUCCCCCGUCACUGCUGGCUCCGGUGGCUCUGCUCCCCACGCCUCCGGCACCCCCGUUGCUAGCGGUGCCGCUGCUGCCUCCGCCUCUGGCUCCGCCGCUGCCUCUGCCACCCCUGUCUACAGCGGUGCUGGUGCCGUCUCUGGCUCCAUUGGCUUCGCCGGUCUCGCCGCCGUCGCUGCCUUCAUCCUGGCUUAA